AUGGCACCUACUCAUCGUCGUGGACCCUGGGUCCCAGAGGAGGAUCAGCUACUCCUACAGUUGGUUCGCGAACAAGGCCCCAACAACUGGGUUCGUAUUUCUCAGCACAUGCACUAUCGUUCUCCCAAGCAAUGCCGGGAGCGAUUCCACCAGAACCUGAAGCCCUCAUUGAAUCGCGAGCCAAUUUCGGCUGAAGAAGGCUUGAUGAUUGAGCGCAUGGUGAAUGAGAUGGGCAAGCGGUGGGCUGAGAUUGCCCGGCGCCUGGGGAAUCGUAGCGACAAUGCGGUCAAGAACUGGUGGAAUGGCAGCAUGAACCGCAAGAGACGAGGCCUGCCCACAUCUCCUCAUUCCGGACGCACUCUUCACGGACGGAUCGAAGCUCCCUAUGCACGCACUUCUUUGGCCCUGAGCAGCCCCAUUAGCCGAUCCCGCUACUCCUCUAUCUCCAGCGAGAGACCGAUUUCCUCCUGGAUCAAGUCUCCCUCUUCCCGCCGGGAAUCCUUCUCAGCAUCUUCGAUCAACUGCCCUCGGCAGUUGACGCCCAUCUUUACCCUUCCCGCCCUCAACCGCCCAGUGGAAACGCCUUUGACUUCGCCCACCUACUCAGAUGCCCCCUCAAUGGAGCCACCAUCGAUGGUCUCGGAUCACAACUCGGUCUCUUCCUCGCCCAGAACCGUCGCCUCUCCUCAACUUCUCCCUGUGCCGCUGACUGUGAGACACCUCUAUGGCGAUGCUCGCAGACAAAGCGCAUCAUCCUUCCAAACAACCGACGAAAGCUACCUCCCCAAGCCCUACUACGGCAUCAAAACGCUGGAACCCCUUUCAGAUCUGUCUUUCAAGCAACGAUGGACUUCCGACUACCAGCCGUGGAACCGACCAUCUUCGUUAUCAUCACCUACCUGGUCUGUCGCUUCAGAAGAUAAGACCGACUCGCCACGUGAUUCCCGCAUGGGUCUGCAAAAUCUGCUCAACUGA